AAGUCAAGUAAACAAACGUCAAAAUAACCUAAAAAUUGCGACGAAACGAACGAGUUGUGACUGUGAAGCACUAAAAUUUUUAACUAAAAUUAAUUAAAAUUCUAUAAAACAUUAUGGCAAAAACUAAGAAUAAAAGAAACGCAGGUCUUGCGGAUAAAGUUCAUAAUAAAAAAAAGCAUGAUAACAACAAAAAGAAGUUGAACCCAUUCGAAGUACACAUUAACAAGGAAAAAAUUAAAGUUUUGGGCAAGAAAUCUAAGCAUGAUAGAGGAUUACCUGGUGUUUCUCGUGCCAAAGCUAUAAAGAAGCGAAAAGAAACCCUAGGCACAGAAAUGAAACUGAUGAACAAGACAAACACAUUCAUUGACCGUCGUAUCGGGGAGCGGGACACCCAGCUCUCGGCUGAGGAGAGGAUGGUAGCGAGGUUUGCAGCCGAGAGAGCCAAGCAGCACAGCAGGAAGAAUGUUUACAACUUGGCUGAUGAUGAGAUUUUGACUCACAGAGGACAAACUUUGGAACAGAUUGAGAAAUUUGACGAUCCCAGGUCUGAUGAUGAAGAUGAUGAAGAAGGCAAGAAAUUUGGUGGGCUUGAUGAUGACUUUGUCUCAGAAGGACAUUUUGGUGGCGGUAUAUUAUCAAAAACUGACUCCAAAGACGGCGCGAAGUCCCACAAAGACUUAAUCGAACAACUCAUAGCUGAAUCUAAAAAGAGAAAGGCAGAGAAACAGAAAGAGAAGGAACAAACUCUCGAUUUGACGGAGAAGUUGGAUUCUGAGUGGAAGGAUUUACAACCUGUGGUGUUCAAAAAGGCUAGGAUGCAGGAGGAGUCCAUUAUUGAUAAGUUGUUAAGCCAAGCGGAGAAGAAGAAUAUGGAUUAUGAUAAGAUGAUGCGGGAACUGAAAUUUGAGAAAAGAGGAACGCCUUCAGACGGUCUGAAGACAGACGAGAAACAAGCCAAGGAGGAGAAGGAGAAGCUGGAUCAGUGGGAGAGGGAGAGACAACAGAGGAUGUUCGGGGACCACGAAGUGCAAUCUCAAGUUCGGAACCCCACAAACAAACAUAGAUCAGCUGAUGAUUUGGACGACAAUUUCGAUUUGGAGGACGAAAAAGAAUUCAUGUUGGCGUAUGACAAGGACGGAAAACCGCUUGUCCCUGAGAAAAUUCUUAAAGAUUAUUCAGUUCCAAAUGCUAAGCCAAAAUAUGAUGAUGGUAUAUCUGAUACUUCUUCAGAAGACAGUGAUGAAGAAGACAAUAAUGAUGAUGAUGAGAAAAAAGAAGAGAAAAAUAGUAACAAAGAAAAUAAUGAAAAAGAUAGCAGUGAAGAUUCUAGUGAGCAAGAAAGUGAAUUAGAACACGACACAGAUACUACAGACAUUGUUGAAACCAAACAGAAUGUUGUUAAAUUAAAUAAAGCGAAGAAACAAAAUGACGUAAAAGAUAACGCUGUAAAUGAAAGGAAAACCGCUGAGACUAUAAUGGAAGAAGAUAAAAAUACAAAAAGUGCAUCUAAAGAAAUGAUUAGAGACAAUGAAGAUUCUGAAAAUGAUGAUGAAACUGAUGGUAAUGAUUCUGGAAAUGACGAAUCUGAUGGUGAAGAUGAAGAUUUAGAUAAUGACGGAGAAGAUAAUGAAGUAGAUGAUUUUAAAGAUCUCAGGGAGUCCGAGGAUAGUGAUGACAAUAUGGAAAAUGUUGAAGACGUAGAGAAGAUUGGAUCGUUCUUCAAAUUGAGGCUUUCUGAAGGUGACAAUUUGAAGGAAUUAUUAACAGGCAAAACGCCAAUACAACAGUCGGCUGCUCUUCAAAAACUUAUAAAAAGCUAUGACCCGAGUCUAUCAGAAAACAAUAAAGAAAAUCUAAGUAGACUUUUCGCUCAUAUGCUGCAAUACCUGAACGAUAUCUUCACAAAUAUAACUGAGGAAUCUGAAGUUAUCAAAUCGUUUUUGAUCUUCGACAAACUGAUCCCACACUUUUUCGACUUGGCAAAAACUAAUAAAGUUUCAACCAAAAAAUUCCUAGUCCAGUUGAUCAAAGAGAAACAUGAUAUUUUCCAAAAACAUCCCAGGAGGGUACCCGAUUUGGACACUUUAAUAUUCUUCAAAUUGGUACAACUUUUGUACCCUACUUCAGAUUUUCAACACCCAGUUACGACGCCAUGUUUAAUUUUCCUGUCAGAGAUUCUGACUAAAUGCAGAUUUUUCGAUUCCUAUUCGAUUUCCAGGGGAUUAUUCGUCACUUCUUUAAUAUUGGAGUACACAUUACUAUCGAAACGAUUAGUACCAUCGGUGAUAAAUUUUCUAAGAGGUAUUCUAUAUUUAUCAGCAAACACAUCAAUUUUAAAUCAGAUACAAGUCGUACCACCGUUCAGGUUACACAAAGACGCAAAAAUUUUGUAUAUAGAAGACGAUUGUUCCAAAAUGGUCGUCCAAAACAAGAUGGCUGCCCGAGAUCUAGUUGUAAAAGAGAUCGAUAACGAUUUCAAAAUUCGAACGUUAUUGGUUUCAGUGUUGCUAUUGCGUGAGGUAUUUAACUUUUUCCACGAUAUGGAAGCUCAGGCGUGUAUGUUUGAGCCUCAUAUUCAGUUAUUAGGUAGGAUUGACGUUGAUAUGUACCCGAUGAAAGUGAGGGACACUGUAGGGAAAGUGUUGCAGCACAUGAAAGAGACGCUAGAAAUGAAGACCUUUACGCAGUUGACAACGGAGAAGAAGAAACCCAAGGCUUUGAGGUUAUAUGAACCUGAUAUACAAGAAGUCUUCACCGGUAGCAAAUCAUCGAAAAUGUCGCGCGAAGCGGCCGAUCGAGCCCGGCUUGAGACUAAGUACAAGAAGGCCAUGAAGGGAGCCCUACGGGAGAUCAGACGGGACAAGGCUUAUAUAGCUUCUGUCAAGAUCAGGCAAAAGAUUCAAAGUGACAACGUGAGGAAAGAAAAGGUAAAACAGAUCUACAAAGACGCGUCCAUACAACAGGGAGAACUGAAUAAAUUGAAGAAAAUUAAUAAGUAAAUGUAAUUUAUUCGUCAUGUAAAUACAAGAAUCAUUAUACAGUUUUA